UCAAAGCUUGUUCAACAACUUGAACUAAAAAAAAAAAAAGAAGAUCAUGAAGAAACUAGAAGUGGAAGUAACCUCCAAAGAAAUUAUCAAACCUUCUUCUCCAACUCCAAACCACCUUCGAUGUUACCAACUCUCUUUUCUUGAUCAAAUCUCUCCCAUGGUCUACAACCCCACCGUUCUCUUCUACUCUCUCGACCAAAUCACCCAAUUCAACUUCAAUGCGACCACCACCACCAUCUCCAACCACCUCAAGAAAUCUCUCUCCCUUGCCCUAACCCAUUUCUACCCUCUUGCAGGGCGGCUCGACGGUGGCAAAGGUUUCGUCAACUGUGCCGACGACGGCGUACCUUACAUAGAAACAACAGUGAAGAAUUGCAAGCUUGCUGAAGUUACUCAUAAUCCAAUUCCUGGAGAACUGAACCAUCUGGUUCCAUUCAAACUGGACGACAUAACCAACAUCAUAUUCGGAGUACAGCUGAACGUUUUCGACUGCGGCGGCAUUGCAAUCGGCGCGUGUCUUUCCCACCAAAUCGCCGACGCCUUAUCCUUCUUCAACUUCCUUAAUCAUUGGGCUUCCAUUGCCACCAAAAAACGCAAUCCACCAACUCCACAGUUUCUUUCAUCAAAGCUUUUCCCACCGAUAAACAUCUCCGGCUUCGAUCCAAGAAGCGGCAUAACGACGGAGAACGUGGCGUGCAAGUUAUUCUUGUUUGAUUCAAGUGUUGUUGAAACCCUAAGGGAAAAUUACGCAAUGGAAAACAAUAAUGAUGGGGAGAGAAAACCAACUCGUGUUGAGGCUUUAUCUGCGUUCAUUUGGGGCCGUUAUGUGGCGGUUACAACAGAAUGUAAUGAAGAUCCUAAGAAGAAGAAGAAGAGGAGAAUGCAUGCUGUGGUCCAUGCUGUGAAUCUAAGGCCCAAGAUGGAACCGCCGUUGCCGGAAGAUUCGUUUGGAAACUACUACCGAAUCACCAUGACGAUUCCAUCUUUGAAUGCUCAACAAAAGUGUUAUGGACUAGUGAAGCAGGUGAGGGAUGAAAUAAAGAAGAUUGACAAGGAAUACAUUAGAAAACUUCAAGAGGGAAAUGAGCAUUUGGAUUUCCUUAAGGAUAGUUCAGAAAGGGUGCUUGUGAAGGGAGAAUUCGUUUCAUUUAGCUUCACAAGUCUAUGUAGGUUUCCUCUCUAUGAUGCUGAUUUUGGUUGGGGAAAACCAACAUGGGUAGGUUCACCUGCCUUAACUUUUAAGAAUCUUGUUGUGUUUUGUGACACUAAGAAUGGCGGUGGCAUUGAAGCCUACGUUAGCUUGAAGAUGGAAGACAUGGAAAAAUUUGAAGCAGAUAAGGAGUUGCUUGCUUGUGUCAACAAAAAUAAGCCAUAGAGUAACUACCUGACCCUCUAAGUUAAUCUUUGAAAAGUUAUAACUAUAAAUUAAAUUUGUCAUCCCGUUUAUACAUGGAAUACUCUUAUAAAAAUGUUUAAAAUAACUUUUUUUAA